GUCCGCUAUUAUGAUAAAUACUUCAGGAGAGACUCCAUUGAAGGCUAUCCCCCUCUUUCUCACAAGCAAGAAGACAGCAUGGACAGAGGAGAGGACAGCUACUACAGCAGGGAGGAGGAGACUGAUGGCACAGCGUUACGUGACAGACAUUUGUAUCCAGACAGCCCCCCAUUGUACCAUGGACACCGUGACAACAUGUAUCAGUCACAGUCCCCUGGCCAUUCUCUCUAUGGUAAUCACUAUGGCAAUGGUUAUGGUGAAGGUCGACGGAUGGCUCGGCGACGCCUCCUUCCAGCUACACCCACUGGGCGUAAGCCUGCCUUUAAUAUUCAGUGUCUGCAACGUCAGGGCAGCAGUGAUGACCUCCCCAUUCCUGGCACGUACCAUCAGAACUCGCCCCCAUGUCGAGCCCGCACACAGACAUAUAGCAGUUAUGACUCACGGCGGAGUAGCAGCAGUUCCUGUGCUUCCUGGGCAAACCCUUGUCCUCGACGUGGCCAUUUGCUUUAUGCCCCUCUCAUUCUGGUGGAGGAGGAGGGGACAGUGGGUGGAGGUUUGGGCAUUUGGGGGGAGAAGAAGAUGAGUGGUGGCAGCCUCUCAGCAUCCUCCCAGCCAGGCUGGUACACAGGAACUGGAGGGACUGAUGCCCCCCAACCCUAUCGGGCAUAUACCACCCUAAGAGUACCCACCCAGCUCCGCCCCCAUUACAGCGACAAGAGGGGCAGUGCCGACAGCCUGGUGGAGGCGGUCCUGAUUUCAGAGGGAUUGGGGCUCUAUGCUAAGGAUCCCAAAUUUGUGGCCUUUGCCAAGAGAGAGAUCGCUGAUGCCUGUCACAUGACCAUUGAUGAGAUGGAAAGUGCGGCCAGUGACCUGCUGAACCGUGGAGGGGGUGGGGGGAGUUUCCUGAACCAUCCCGACAUGGGGCCCCUGUACAGCGAUGAGGAGCCAAUCAGGAGUCGUGACGAGGAGGAGCUUGCAGAUGAGAUGACCUGUGUCACUUCAUUCUGAGGGCCACAGUGGGCUAGAGAGGAGGACCAAGACUGUCCCAUAUUACUUUGUGGUGAGAGGAACACAUGGCAAAGAUGAGGGCUGAGGGAGAGAAGUGAAGUACUUCAAGGGUACCUCCAGUGGUAAAUGACAUAGUUUUCAUAGCAUCCUUGUGCCUAAUUUAUGUCCUGUGGUCUGGAAUGCUCUAUAUGAAAAACUACAAGUUAACGAACAACCUGCUGAAUUUAACAGUUGGACAUCACAAUAUUAAUCGCAUAAUAUUAAUCUUCUGAAUUAUAUUGUGUUGGUCAGCAGGACACCUUUAACUGUAAUUACAAUUUGUGUAAGUGAUGCCCCCGUAGCUGGCUAACUAGUCAGGUAGCUAAUGACUUUAACUUAUUGCUAAUUACACAUUAGCAAGCUGGCAAGCUAGCAAUGUUUAAAUAGUAGAUCAUAAAAAAGUGUUGAAUUUGAUAGAAGUUAUCCUACAAAGCUAGAAAGGUAAUUCGUUAAAAUUCUGGAUAGCAUGCGAUCAAGCUAACUAGUUAAGACUAAAGUUUAGCUUUCAAUACUGACCCCCACAAGUAAGGCAGCUUUGAUGACAACAAUGUGAGUACAUUGUUUUUCAAGCCAGCAAUAGUUGUGUGAUUUCAAAAGCCUGCUAUUUAAAAGUCUGCACUGUAAAGAUGCAAUAUAUCAACAACAAGCAUUUGCCAAUGAAUGUGUAUGAGAUAUAUGCAGUAAAUCUUUGUUAUGCAAGGGAAAUGAAUGUGUUUUUUGUCACUCAGAGCCGAAGGCAACCUGUUAUGACCAGCUACCCCAGCUCAAAAACAAAUGAUGCUAAAUGGGUGUAAAAGGGGAAAUAACUAGCCGAACCUAAUUGUGUUUUGUGUGAGUGUAUGAAAUUAAACAGACAAACCCAAAUAUGGCAGACGCAGACCUCCUAGCCAGGAGAGCCAAGCUGAAUUUACUCAUCAACUCUUGGGAUUUCUUCUGGGGUCAGCUUGGUCUUCUGGUCUCUGCAGCCAAAAAAGCCACAUCAGUGGUUUUGAAGUUUAGCUAAAUUUUAUUAAAAUGAUGGCACAGAAGCAAUAGUCCAACUCUCGGCUUCAGGUACUAAGGAGGAAACGUGACUCCAAAAAGCAGGCUCAUGAGUGCCAACAAAUAUAAAUAGCUACACUAAAAGACCUGGCACUUAUGGUCAUCACAGGGCUCAAACAGUCACUAUCUACUGAAGUCCUGGCAAAAACUUGACCAAAAAAUGACCAAAAUCACUAAAAGCCCUAACACGGCUCUCUACUGGUCUCUGACAAGAAAAGAGAUUUAUACGCUCCAAACAGUUGCACAAAAACAACAGUCACCAAUAUGUCUCUCAAAUUUCAGCUUCACCUCCACAGUUUCUUCCUGUAACCUCGAACAUGGUGGGAAAUUAACACCUGCCACCCAACAAAUGCUGGGAUUUUUUUUUAAAUUGUGGAUAAGGAGAUAAAUCUUGGUAAAUCCCCCAGAAUGAAUUGUUUUGGUGUCAGGUGGUGAAGAUAGUGGGUACUUCAUUAUAUUUAGCUUGCAGUAUAAUUUAAAAAUGUUUUGAA